AUGGCAGUUUCGGCGAUCAUUGUCACCAUUGAGUGGAAGGUGCCCAUCUCUUUGACGGACACCGUCAUCAUUGGGGACACCAUCAUUUGGAGCUGGGCCGACACCGCCCCCCACGACCUCACCUUUCUGACUUACCCCGCUGGCUUUACUAGCAUUGCGACCAACGGUGUAGAGGGGCUCAUGAUCCCCACUACGCCAGUCCGGGGGCCUGUCAAUGUGAGUUUCCAUCCCAGUCUACCAGGGGAGUACACCUACCGGUACAGUGUUCACUCUUCCAUGACUGGAACACUCACAGUGCUGGAUAAGCAUUGUAGUCGCAAAUGCAGCGUCCAUUCGUCUAUGACGGGAACGCUCACAGUGCUCGGUCCUGACGUGGGCAAUAUGACGCUCGGAGGCGCCACCAUCACAUCAUCCACACCUGUACCGCUCCCAUCUCCCCCCUCCAGUUCAAAAACGUUUCCAACGACAAUCGCAGUUGCGGGCGGUAUCGCUGCCGCAGCCAUUAUCAUAGAAGCCUUAGCUCUUGCGUUGCUUCGCUGGAAAAGGCAGAGGAGUCGCCGACGUCCUUCCGCUAGGCCCUUGGACUCUGAUGGAAAGGCUUUCGAUCCCACGCAAGCCCCAACGUUGCCUGCUCGAGGGAGUUCCGGGCCGGUGUCGAGAGGGCUGCUUGACAAUUGGUCCGACAGCGGACGUCAACCUGGGCCGGUCCUCUCGGAUUCGUACUUGGAAGAGAGAACUCCGAAACCCCAACCGACUCAAUUGGGAAUGACUCAAAGGCCGCCAAAACCUGAGUUGCAAGAGCAAUAUACGCUGCGGCAGCUUCAAGCGGCCACCAAUCAUUUUUCAGAGGCUAGCGUCAUCGGCGGCGGCUCAUUUGGCGUGGUCUGCGAAGGUGUUCUAGCGGAUGGUUCGGUGGUGGCUGUAAAGCGGUUGAGGAAGCGAUUCGGCAUCCGCCAGAGUGAAGAGAAGUUGUGGAGAACGGAGGUGGACGCCCUUGGCAAGAUGAGGCAAAAGAACCUGGUGUCACUUCUGGGAGUGUGCCUGGAAGGGGACGAGCGGCUGCUCGUAUUUGAGUUCUUUCCCAGAGGUAGCCUGAACAGGCGGCUGCAUGAACCUCGGGAAGAGGAGCCCGUCCUUACGUGGGCAGAGCGCAUGUGCAUUAUCCGCGGCAUCUGCCGAGGCCUGUCUUAUCUUCAUCACGACCUCCGGCCUCCAAUGUUGCACAGGGACAUCAACGCCGCCAAUGUUUUGUUAACGGACGAGGAACCGUUGGAGGCCUGUAUCGCAGACUUCGGCCUCGCGCACUUUGUGCAAGACGUGGGAACGAAUACUUCGACCAUGGUAAAGGGCACGGUUCCUUACAUGGCCCCCGAAUAUCUGCACGGUGGGGCGCGGUUCCUCUCGCCAAAGUGCGACGUUUACAGUUUGGAAUCCUCCUCUUGGAAAUAA